AUGUCCCGCCGCAUCCUGCCGAACUUGGCCGAAGGUCCCCCGCCGAACAGCCGUGAAUCUGUAUUCAGUUUAGACUCGGUGCCGACGGAAGGCGGCAGGCGCCAGCGGGCGUCAGCAGCUUGUCACGAGUGCCGCAAACAGAAGUCUAAGUGCUCUGCCCACAGGCCCCAAUGCCUUCGGUGCCAGCGGCUCAGCAAGGAAUGCGUCUACAACACGACUCCGACUGAGACCCAGCAACAAUCGUUCCAACGAAAGUACGGCGAACUCGAGGCCCGGAAUACUGACCUUGAAUACCUUUUCAGCUUUUUUCGCGACGGACCAGAAACAGACGUUUAUGUCGUCUUGCGUCGUAUUCGUGACGGCGCGGAUCUCAAAUCGCUUGGGAGACACAUCCGCGAUGGAAGCUUGCUACUUCAGCUGGCACAUCACGGCGAAGUGAUCUAA